AUGCUUCAAGAGAUCAACCUGCAAAAUGGUUUCCUCUUGUCAGUCAAAAAUAAGGAUAGCGGGGUUGGGAAAUCAAGCAUCAUUUCUCGGUUUACCAAUGACCGCUUUGAACGCGCUACGAACCCUACCAUUGGAGCAUUCUUCAUAAAUAAAACUGUGUGGUAUGGGAAGGAGCUUCAUAAAUUUGUCAUCUGGGACACAGCUGGUCAGGAACGGUUUGAUGCCUUGGUUCCAAUGUACUACCGAGGUUCAACAGCAGCCGUGAUCGUUUAUGAUGUCACCAAAUGGACUUCGUUUUAUACUUUGAAGAAAUGGGUGCAAGAACUAAAAGAACACGAGCCUGAAGACAUUAUAAUUGCUAUUGCUGGAAACAAAUGUGAUAUUUCUGAUAUCAGGAAGGUUCCUCUGAAGAUGGCCAAAAACUAUGCAGAAUCCAUAGGUGCAAUUUAUCUUGAAACCAGUGCAAAGAGUGGUUGUAACAUUGCUGAACUUUUUAAAGCAAUCAGUGAGUAA